CCUCCUUCUCCUCCUUGUCCUCCCCUUCUUCUCCCUUCACCAUGGACAAGUCCGACAAGUCCCAACCCGGGCUCUCCUCCCACCAGGAGAAUGCCUCCUCCGGCCCCUCCAGCCUGACUGGCUCCAGCGGCCGUGGGCUCAUUGCUGGUGGAAAGUACCUGGAGGGCCUCUCCUCCCAGGAUGCCACCGUCACGACGGUCGACUUCGACCUCCCCUUCACGCAAACGGAACAAGUCACCCACGACGACAAGCAGUUCAUCGUGCUCAACUUCGUGUCCGGCGACAAGGAAAACCCGUUCAACUGGGACCCCAAAUACAAGGCCUUCAUCUCGACCCUGCUGUGCCUGAUGACCCUGUUCAUCGGUCUGGCCACCACCGCCUACAGCUCCGGCAGCGGCGACAUGGCCACCGACCUGGGCGUGUCCAGCGAGAUCGCCGAGCUGGGUCUCUUCGUCUUCAACUUCACCUGCGCCCUGGCCCCCCUCUUCCUGGCCCCCUUCUGUGAGCUGGCCGGUCGCCGCAUCGUCUACGUCGGCUCCUACGCCUGCUUCUGCCUCAUGUUCAUCGGUCUCGCCCUCGGCAAGAACAUCGCCACCAUCCUGGUCUGCCGUGCCCUGCUCGGUCUGUUCGGCUGCGUCGGCACCAUCCUCGUCGGUGGUACCUUCGGUGACAUGUACUACCCGGAGAACCGCGCCAUCCCCGUGGCCUCGUUCGCCUUCAUCGCCAUUCUCGGCACCGUCUCCGCCCCCAUCUACGCCGGCUUCAUCGACCAGCACCUGCACUGGCGCUGGGUGGAGGGUAUCCAGGGACUGGCCAACAUCCCUCUGGGCAUCGUCAUCCUGUUCUUCCUUCCCGAGACCCGCGGCAGCGUGGCCCUGAACAAGCGCGCCAAGCUCCUCCGCAAGAACACCGGCGACGACCGCUACGUCACGGAGAACGACCUCGAAGCCCCCGGUCUCAAGCAGAUGCUGCACAACUCGUCCGUCAAGGCCGUGAAGAUGCUGGCCACCGAGCCCGUGGUCUUUUUCUUCGGUCUCUGGAUCUCCUUCGCCUGGUUCCUGACCUUCCUCUUCCUGAGCAUGAUCCCCAUCACCUUCGAGCAGAAGAAGGGCUGGAACGAGGGCGUGUCGGGCCUGCCCUACAUCGGCCUGGCGCUGGGCACCACCAUCGCGUUCUUCCUCAACUUCUUCCAGAUCCGCAAGUACAACGCCAUGGUGCAAGCCGGACAGGCGCGUCCUGAGGCGCGUCUCUACGGCGCCCUCUUCGGUGCCGUCUGGCUCCCCAUCGGUCUCUUCAUCUACUCCUUCACCCAGUACAGCUUCCUCCCGUGGAUCGCGCCCUGCAUCGCCCUCGUCCUGAUCAGUAUCGGCAUCUUCUUCAUCUUCGAGUCCUGCUACAGCUACACCUCCGACUGCUACGGCGAGAGCUCCUCGUCCGCCAUCGCCGGUCAGGGUUUCAUGCGUAACACCCUCGGUGCCGUCUCCCCGCUCUUCGCCACCCAGUUCUUCGAUAACGUCGGCAGCCAGUAUGCCGGUCUGAUCCUCUCCCUCAUUGCCACCUUCCUCACCCUCAUCCCCUACGUGCUGUUCUGGUACGGCCCUAAGCUCCGCGCCAAGAGCCGUCUCGCCAGCCGUGUCUCCCAUGCCGGUGAUAGUGUGGAUGGCGCCGAGGAGAAGCCGCAUUCUGCCGGUCAGGGUGUAUGAUUUGUUUUCGUCUUCUUCUUCUUUUUCCGAUGGGAAAUGUGAAUAUGUAUAUAUGAGAUGUCCUUG